CGGGGUUACGUCACAGUACGUCACUAACGUGCGCCCAAACAUCGCGGCAGCGGGAAGUUGAGCGCUGAGGGGACCUUCUGUUCGGUCAGAUCGGACGAGGUGCCGCCAUGGCGCAGAGGAAGCGGCUGUCCGGCGCCCAGACGUCCUCUCAGGCCAAAAGGCCGUCGGGUUCCCAGGCUGCGCCGGAGGACGAGGACGACCAGACCUUCACCCUGCCCAGCAGCUCGCAGGUCCUCAGAGGGAUGGAGAGCCUGGCGCCCGGCCAGCUGGAGCAGAAGACUGCUGAGGUCGUCCAGUAUUUCCUGGUAAAAGACCAGAAGAAGUUUGCUAUCCGGCGAGCAGACAUCGUCAAACACGUCCUGAAGGAGCAGCGGAACAUCUACCCGGAGGUCAUGAGGAGGGCGGCGGCCACGUUCCAGCAGGUCUUCGGCCUGAAGCUGGUGGAGAUCGAGCAGAAGAACCACCUGUACAUCCUGAUCAACAGCCUGGAGCCGAGCGCCGCCGCGCCGCCCAGCAGCUCCACCAAUCCCAAGACGGGACUGCUGUUCGUCGUCCUGGGCCUGAUCUUCAUGAAAGGGGGCGUGGCCAGGGAGAACGUCGUCUGGAGCACGCUGAAGAAGCUGCGGAUCGAUCCCCGAGAGAAACAUGAAGAGUUCGGAGACGUCAGGAAGCUGCUGACCGAGGAGUUCGUCCGUCAGAGGUACCUGGAGUACAUCCGCAUCCCGCACACGGACCCGGUGGAGUUCGAGUUCGGCUGGGGUCAGCGCGCCGAGUACGAGGUGUCCAAACCCAGAAUCCUCAGCUUCAUGGGCGAGCUCCACCAGCAGGACCCUCAGACGUGGAGCCAGCAGUACCGAGAGGCUCACUCCUCCUCCUCCUCCACCCCCUCCCCCUCCCCCUCUCAGAGAUGACCUCCUGACCUCACAGUUUUCAUUCUGGACUCGUCCCGGCCUGAAGCGGACCUGAUGCUCCUGUUUCUGUUCCUCCUGUUGAAGAUUUCAUCUGUUGCAGGUUUUGUUGUUUGAUUAAAAUAAAGUUUUUAAAACGA